AUGGAAGAAUUUGUUCACACCUCACUAAUUAUUUUUCCCAAGACCUCCAUCCAGUAUGACUCACAAACUCUGCAUGAUCUCCGCCCUCAGCUAUAUCCAGACUCAAGAGAUCAAUCAGCAAAUCAAGAUGGAUUCUUUGAAAAACUUUGCUCUCAGAUUAUACGCAACAUUCAAAUUUUCAUUAAAGACAUUCAUAUUAGAUAUGAGGAUGCCUUGAGCUGUCAGAAUUCUCAGUUUGCUGCGGGCAUCACACUCUCCAACCUAAGCAUUCAGAGCACAGGAGCAGACUGGAUUCCACGCUUGGAUACAAGUAAACUGGUGUACAAGCUGAACACUCUUGAUUACCUCGGCAUCUACUGGAAUGCAGAUACCAACUUGAUUGCACAGAAUGGCCAUGACAAAAAUGGAAUGAUCAAGUGCCUUAAAGAACUCAUAACCUCACAAGAGUAUAUACCUCAGGGGAUGAAUUACAUUAUUGGACCAAUCUGCUCAAAGGCCAAGCUACAGCUGAACCCCAAGCCAGAGCAGCCAGAUGAGGGUGGAAAGAUCUUUUCAAUUCCCUUUGCUUCCCUUGAUUUUGUUAUGGAUGAACUUGCUGUGGGAUUCUCACGUCGACAGUAUUCCGGGGUCAUGGCACUUCUUGACUCAUUUGACAGACUACAGUUAUCUUCCAAGUAUAGAAAAUACCGCCCACAAGUGAACAAGGUUACUGGAAAUGCAAAAGAUUGGUGGCACUAUGCUUACAACUGCCAGCUGGAGAUCAUCAGGCGUGUGCACCAAAACUGGUCUUGGGAGCACAUGAAGGAACACCGUGCCAGGUGCCAGAAGUACAAGGUUGCUUACAAGGCAAAGUUGGAGAAUAAGCUGAGUGGGAGUUUGUCCAAGGAUAUUGAAGAAUGUGAACGAGCUCUAGAUGUGAUCAAUAUCACUCUUAUCAGACGACAAACAGAGAUGGAGGUCCAGAGAGAAGGCCGCUUACGCAAGCAGGAGAAGCAGAAGCGAGGAUGGUUUAGUGGAUGGUUCUUUGGAGGCGGAGAAGAGAGUGACUCAGAGGACAAGGAUGAAGGAAACUUGGCAAUGAAACUGAAAUCAGCAAUGUCUGAUGAAGAGAAGCAGAAGCUGCAUGAAGCCAUAGGAUAUUCAGAGAGUGGCCCACCACCCAGCUAUCCAGAGAAAUUUGUUGAUAUUCUUCUAAAUUUCCUUUUGAAGCACUUGACUGUCACCAUCAGGGAUGAAGACACAGGUGGAGCAUGUGUCAUGCAGAUGAAGCUGGAUGAAGUCACAUCAGUUAUAGAGAACAGAUCGGGUGCCAACGCUCUCAGAGUUGUGGCAAGUGUGCAGAGCUUCAUUGUGGAAGGCUACGCUGUGGAGGGAUCUGUGCCGAGAUUGGUGUCAUCUGAGAUUGCAACAAGUGGUGCUCCUCUGCUUGCUGUCAUGUUUGAGACCAACCCGCUGGAUCAGAAGUGUGACCAGCGUGUGACAGUAACAGCACAGCCUCUGCAGAUCAUGUACCAUGCACAGACCAUCAUCCAGAUCAGUGAUGUCUUCGCUCCACCGAAAGAUGUGUCUCUGCAGCAACUUCAGGCAACAGCACUCAAUCAGCUGGAGGUGGUGAAGGAGAGGAGUGUGACAGGACUCCAGGCAGCCAUUGACAACCACAGCAUCCUUGACCUCAAUGUUUCCUUUGCUGCUUCCCACAUCAUUGUUCCUGAAAAUGGGUCAUACUCUGAAAACUGUUCAGCUGUGGUGGUGACCCUUGGUAGUGUGCAGAUGAAAAGUAAGCCAAGGGCUAAGAACUCCCCGGCCCUCACUGACCUGGUGUCGAGAGGCCAUUCCCAGGAGGAGGUCAUGGAUAUUGUCAGGUCAUCUUCAUAUGACCACUUUAUAAUAGAACUUACAGACAUUCAGGCUCUUGUAUCACUUACUGCGGAGGAUUGGAGGUCCACCCUGAGCAGUGGCAAGGCCUCUCCACUUCAUCUGCUGGAGCCCACCACACUGCAUGUGGACUUACUCAAGUGUCUCCUGACCAAUGACCCAAAUCUGGCCAAGGUCAAGAUAAACAUUUCUUUCCCCAGUGUGGUUUUGUCCAUUGCUGAUGAAAGGCUGCUGCAACUGGCCUACAUAAUUCACAGCAUUCCUAAAGGAGAAGGAGGCACUGAGCCAGAGGAAAUCACAGACUUUGACCAGAGUGACGACCUGAGUCAGAGCAUUGCCAAUGAGGAUGUUGCUCUGGUGCGUCUGGAGCAGGCCAAGCUUAGCUCAGGGAAGGAGCAGAAGGACACUCCACAGUUCACUAAUUUAGAACUUUGCUUCACUAUUGAGGAAAUCAGUCUUGAUCUGAAGAAGAAGCAUGGGACAGGUUACCAGUCCUUGAUGAGGGGAGCUGCCCUGUCGGCCAGCAUUGACCUCACCCACCGCACCUUCGACCUCUCAGUGUCCAUCAUCUUGGGAGGCAUCUUGGUUGAGAGUGGAAAUGACAGACUGCUGAGCACACCUCUUGCUGAAGGUGGAGACCAGGCCCUGAUGACUCUCAGAUUCAUUCAGGUUAACCGAAAGAGUCCAGAUUUCCAGACCAAGCAUGCCUCCACAAAGCAGCUGCUGUGUGUAGAAGUGACCCAUCUCAAGGCCCACCUGGAGCAGUCUGCCAUCCUCACCAUACUGGCCUUUGUGGAGCAGUUGACCUUCAAGCUUAACCAGUUGGCCCCACAGCAAUCCCAAGCCUUGCCAGCUCCAAUGACAGACCCAGAUGUUGAAACAAUCACUAGCAAGAAACAGCCAAAACACAAAACACUGAUCCCACAGAAAAGAAGUGUUCCAGACAUUAUUGCCUUGAAGAUCAUUGCCAAGCUGGGAAAUGUCAGUCUGGCCAUUGGGCUCAAGUCUCGACAAGUUGCAAAAGUGGAUGUCGCUGGUUUGAUAGUUAAUGUAACCAUGAAAGGCAAAGACACUUUCAUCACAUCACAGCUGAAGGACUUUACUGUGAUUGAUCCAAGUACAACAGCUUUGCAUCCCAAGAUAGUAGAAAUAGUUGAAGCUGAAGCAUGGGAUGCCCAGGUGCACCUGUAUGGUGAAGCCACCGAAGGGGAGCACUACCUGGACAUGGAGCGUGUGGACACCAGCAUCUCGCUCUCCUUCGGCUGUGCAAGAAUUGUUUUCCUAAAUAAGUUUGUCACAGAUGUGCUGAGCUGGAUUGACAAGUUUCAGGCAGCCAAGGCUGCUUUGGCAUCAGCAAGUGUGGCUGCAGCUGUGGCUGCCCAAGCAACUUUACAGGAAGCUUAUGACAAAUGUGCCCGCAUCAGUCUGUCCUUUACUCUCAAAGCUCCUUUGAUCCUUGUUCCCCAAGACUCCAACAGUCUGUCUGGUCUCUUGGUGGACUUGGGACAGAUCACAAUCAAGAACAAGUUUGAGCUUGGAAAAGAGCGCAAUGAACUGGGUUAUCCUGCCAUGUUUGAUAAGAUACAACUGGAACUAAAUAAUAUCAAAUUGUCAAGAGUUGAGUUGAGCACUGAGGGAACCGUAGAGAGGGAAAAUAACCUCCUGGAGCCUAUUUCUCUCACAUUAAACAUCUGCCGUAACCUCACAAUCUCCUGGCUGAAGCAACAGCCUGAGGUUGACAUUCAGGCUAAUCUCAAGCCCAUCAAGAUAUCCAUUAGUGAUGAAGACUUCCAGGUAACUUUGAGUGUAUUACAAGACAACCUGAAGGAAAAGAUGGACGUCUCAGCCCCUGAGGAACCCUUGCUUGCUGAUGCUGCCGAAAUGCCAAGGAAAUUCAAAACCAGCUCAAUUGAAAGCGCAAAAGAUAUUGACCGUGUCCUUGCUGAACAUGGCCACAUAUUUACCAAAGUGAAGUUUUCUUUCACCAUUGACACUGUCACUGUCGCCCUCCUAACUAAGAGCAGUAAACUUUCUUCAGUAUCCAGUGAUACGCUGAUGAGUGGAGCAGAAACCACAACAGCUGCUUCAGUCUCUCCAGGAGACCCCACAUCUACUAGUUCUGCUAAAAGUGCAGAGGAGGCCAUGGGCACUACAUCUCCAUGCACAUUUUCUUUGACUCCCGGGAGAUUGCAGGAAGCACACAGAGUGUUAUCAGACUUGGACUGUAGUGCAGAAAUUCCCAAAGAGGCCUUGGCUGAAAUAGCCCUUGAUGUUGUGACUCUGAAGGGAGAGAUGAUGUCUGAUGGAACUUUGGUGGCGAAUCUUGUUCUCUAUGACUGUAUUUUGCAGGACACAAGGCCAGAACAAAAGGGUGGCAUCAUCAAGCUGAUGGAGAGGAAGGAGCAGAGUGGAUCCCGUGGGAUGCUGGACCUCACUUACCAGCAGGGGAGCACCAGUGACAUGUUCAUUGAUUUACGGAUCUCUGGCUUUGUUUUGGUAUUGCACCUGCCAUAUUUGCUAAGAAUACAACGCUUCUUCACGGAUAACUUGCCCAAGCAACCUGAGGUGGCUCCACCGCAAUCCAAGACUAAAGAGAUUGUGAAAGCAAAGGCUGAGAAAGCUCCUGAGGACAGCAGUGCUAAGGGGAUGAUGACGGUGCGCAUCAAGGUGGAGCAGCCAGACAUCGCUCUGGUGGAGGAUGUGUCUUCUAUCAACACGUCCUGCAUCAUUCUCCAUGCCGAGGCUAACAGUGACAUCAAGAUGGCUCCUCAGAAUCAGAACAUCUCAGCCAGUGUUGCCAACAUCCAGAUGUACACCUGCUGCUUCAAUCCCCAAAGCAGACAGAGGACACUCUCACAGAUAUUGGAUCGAUGUGAUGUGACCCUUCGAUAUUCUGUCACGCCUACACAGGCUGAGAGUAUUGAUGUCAGGUUGAGUCAAGUAAACAUCCGUGUGUCUCCAGUAAGCAUAGAGCUCCUGAGCAGCAUUGCCACAACACUGGCCAGUGCAGAGAAGGCUGAUGUGGAGGGAACUGAGGAGAUCCAGGACUGGUCUGGCCUCUGGAAUGUUAGGCCAAUCACCAAAGGAGAUUUCUCAAUCCUAGAUGUUGAAGAAGGAGAAGAAGCCAUCAUGUCUGAGUCCUAUGAGGUAGCCAAGCCACAGCAGGUGUAUGCUGAGGGUGGAGGAGCUGAUGUAGUGCUGGAGUGUGUCUUGCUGACCCUAGAGACUGGAUCUGCUACUUCAACCAUCCCACUCAUCAAGCUGCAGACCAGCAUCCACACCUGUAUCACGGGCUUCCACGCCAAGAAGUUGACUAUCAAGGGAGAACUUUAUCUUGAGAUUGCCUCCUUCAACCCCCGCCUGGCUGUGUGGGAGCCACUGUUGGAGCCCGUGGAGCAGCCAGACAACUUUGGCCCCCCUGACCACAAGCCUUGGGCACUCAAGUUUGAGGUGAUUCAGGACCAGUCCAGUCCAGGAGACACCAAGAGCCCUUCCAUAGCAUCACCCAUGGGAUCACCUGAUGUGGAGGAAGUAGACUUUGAAGAGUGCCACUUUCCAGAUCCUGUUUGCACCAUCUCACUCACAGCUAAGGAUCCCAUGGAGCUGACUGUCACCAAGACCUUCAUGGAGGUGGUGUCCAUCCUGUCUGAGGCAUUCUCUGACGCCUAUGGGAGAAAGGUGAUGGACUCCAAAACACCGUGUGCACCUUACCGCAUUGCCAACUAUACAGGGAUGCAUAUCAGUGUGGAGGUGGCUCGGUCAGGCUUCAAGGUUGCCAGCGAGGGGGGAGAGAAUGUGGAGCAGGUGACAGUGGAGUCUGGUGCUCAAGUUGACCUGCAUGAGGUGAAGGUGGUGACCCCUAAGCACAAAAGAGUGGCAUCUCUAGUGACUGACUGCCAGAGCAUCCAGGACCGUAGGAUUGUACUCAAGAUACCUCGUUUGGACUGCAGUUGCUCUAUUCCAGUGGCUCGUGCUGAUAAAAGGUAUUUUGAAAUGGAGCACAAAAAUUCUGGCGAGAAAUGGGGAAUAGUGACGAGCAUUUCAAUGGAAAAUGGCUGCAAAGUCAUCACUCUCAGCUCCUGUGUGGAGGUCAUCAACCAUCUGGAUGUGCCAGUGGAAGUAUACUAUAUGACAGAGCGAGGCAAUGAGGUGGAGGCCGUGGUAAGUCUUGGCCAGAAGGAAAGCGCUCUGCUGCCGCUACAUGCCGCCUACAGUCCCACAGCAGAACUGUUCUUCUGUGUGGAAGGACACAAUGUGUGCAUCCUGCCGUUUGUGUGGAGAAUUCUGCAGAACAAUCCUGAUUAUGAGAUGAAGCUCAGCUGUCCACCCAAAGAUGUCAAGGAAAUCCAUGGCACUCCCUUCCUCAUGUUUGCAUCAGGUGAAGUGGAGCAGAUCCUGUGGGAGAACACCUCCCGCCGCACCAUGAAGAGCACCCUGUACAAGGUGCACCUUCAUCCCUGCCUGGUGCUGCACAACCUGCUGCCGGUGCCCAUCUCCCUGGAGCCACCUGGCACCAUGACCACCAGAGUCAUCAUGCCUGGGGCCUCACUCAACUUGACAAAAGCUCAGUUGGGCAGCAUGUAUUUAGAACUUAUGCUGAUGGAUUACCUGUCUCGUGACUGGGUAUGUGGCAAGCCCCUGGAGAGCAGUCCCCCUGAGCUCAGUGUGUGGACAUUCAAGUCUCGGGGAGACAUAAUGGGUGGCCCGCUGGACCUGGAUCUGGGAAUGUUGACAGUCAAGAACAAACAAAUGCUGUCUCUUAGUCUUUACUGUCCCUUUUGGAUGAUAAACAAGACCGGACUCAUGCUUACAUACAGGAAAUCUCGUAAAGUUGAGAGAUCGUCCUCAACAUCGUCUACAGACUCCCAGAGUAGUCCUGUCAAGCGCUGGGCAUCAACACUUUCUGUUACCUCCCUGUCACCCAGCACUAGUGGGCUGGGUGACACUCGGAACAACAUUGUAGUGCAUGAAGAAGUCAACAACGAGGCCAUUCUCUUCUCCUUCAAGUCAAAGGCAUUUUUUGGAAAGAAAAAGGCAACAGUUAAGGUGGAGGACAGUGACUGGUCUGACAAGUUCUCCCUAGAUGUUGUUGGGAGCUCCGGCUCGGUGCUGUGCAAGGCAUCUGACAGGAACUACCAGGUUGGUGUUGACAUUCAGCUGAGCAACUCUGGUCUCACCAAGAUAGUGGUGUUCUCACCCUUCUACUCCAUCCUCAACAAGGCUUCCUAUGAUAUUGAAGUUUCUGAGGUGGAUAUUCCUCAAGCAGAAUGGUUCACUGUCCUUGCUGGUGAAUGCAUUGGGUGGUGGCCAAUGGGUUCCAACAGGCAGGUGUACGUGCGGGUGAGAGGCACACCAGACACCACUGCUGCCUUCCCCUAUGACCGCCCACUCUCUACAGUCCUUGCAUUACCCAACAUGUAUGGUGGUAUACUAGGAGAAGUGAACAUGAAGGAGAGUGGAGUGGUGGUGCAGUUUGAUCAGUACUAUGAGGGAGCAGCUCCAGCACUCUUCAUCAACCACUUGAAGGAUACCACCAUCGCUCUGUGGCAACAGGGACACGAUGAAACUGUCAUUAUGCUGGAUCCCAUGAGUGUGGUGCAUUACACCUGGAAGGAGCCUGGAGGCACCCUGGCAGUGUGUGGCUCUCUUGGGGACAACAAAUCAGUCACCUUAACCUUGGAGAAGGAUGACCAGGGUGGGACAGCUGAUGGAUCUGUCUUCUGGGCUGUGUUCCUGCAGAAUCAGCAGAGAUGUGUACUAUUUAUUGAUGAUAUUAACAUCACCUCUGCUGCUCUGAAUGCUCCCAUGCUGGAACGAUUCCAGCAAGAAAUAACGCUCUCACUCAACAGCAUUGGACUUUCACUAGUGGAUGAUAAUGACAGGAAGGAGGUUGCCUAUAUCAGCCUUGCCAGCUCUGGAGUGGUGUGGGAACACUGUAAGGAGAAAGGCAGGAAACACAGGCCUUUCACUCAGUCACAAACAGAGCUGCUAGAAAAGUGUUAUCAGCUAUACCAAGCUCAAAUUAAAGCUUUGCCAGAUGCUUCAAGUGUUUGUAGCCACUUUGUGUGCACUCGCAAUCUGGAGGUGGACUUUGCCAAGAUGACGGUGUCAAAGCCAUUCAAAAGAAAAAUUAGACGAACCUUCCAGCCUGGUGUCUGGUUACAGUUCAGCCAGUCAACCCACCAACGUCGGAUCCACCUCAAGGUGAACAGUGUACAGGUGGACAACCAGGCAUGUGAUGUAAUGUUCCCUGUUGUCCUGGCACGAGUGCCCACCCCGCGCAGUGUACUUGCUGACACAGUUGCCAAACCAUUCUGUGAAGUCAGUGUUGCUCAGAAGAUGAUUUCACCAAUGCUGACGCAAUUCAGAUACCUGGCGUUCCUAAUUCAAGAAUUCCAUGUUAAGGUGGAGCUGCCUUUUGUCUAUGCUGUCAUGGAAGUCCUUCUCCCAAGCAGAGAAGUGUCUACAGAUCUAUAUUCUGUUGAAAAAUACGAAAAAGACGAAAAGAUAGUACAUGGAACUUUGACCUCGAUGGUGAAGAGCCAUGCCAGUGAAGGGAGAAAAGACUACUUUGACACACUGCACCUCUCACCAAUCAAGAUGCACCUGAGCUUCUCCCUAUCAGCAGCAGAUGCAGGAUCAGCAGCACCUGUGGGCAGCCAAGUGAUCCAUCUCUUCCUACAGAGUGUGGGGGUCACCCUAACAGAAGUUCAAGAUGUUGUCUUCAGACUUGCCUAUAUGGAGCGUCAGAACCAGUGGAUGAGCUGGAAUCAGUUGGUGCAGGAGAUGGUGGCUCACUACCAGGGCCAGGUGGUGAAGCAGCUGUAUGUGCUGGUUCUUGGUCUGGACGUUAUUGGUAAUCCAUUUGGCCUUGUGGUGGGACUGACCAAGGGUGUGGAGGAUCUCUUCUAUGAGCCCUUCCAGGGAGCAAUUGAAGGUCCAGGAGAGUUUGCUGAGGGUAUGAUGUACGGUGUGACCAGCUUUAUGGGCAAGACUGUUGGUGGGGCAGCUGGGGCAGUGUCUCGCAUCACAGGAACAAUUGGGAAAGGAGUAGCAGCAUUAACACUGGAUGAUGAAUACCAGAAGAGACGUAGAGAAGCCAUGCAUCGCAAACCCGCUGAUGGCAUAGAAACUUUGGCUAGAGGAGGAAAAGGCAUCGUUACUGGAGUGGUUGAUGGAGUGACUGGAGUUUUCAUGAAGCCAAUCGAUGGUGCCCGAGAAGAAGGUGUGGAGGGUUUCUUCAAGGGUAUGGGCAAGGGUGUGGUGGGACUGGUGACUCGCCCAGCCUCAGGAGUCAUUGAUUUUGCCAGUGGGUCCUUUGAUGCUGUCAUGAGAGCAACAGACUCAACUGAAGAGAUAGUACGGCAGCGACCUGCCAGAUUCAUUGCAGCAGACGGUGUGAUUCGUCCCUAUGUGCAGCACUUCGCUCAAGGUGCCAAGAUGUUGCAGGAACUUGAGAAAGGACGUUACUCCAAGACAGAUGUCUAUGUGGCACAUGCCAAUAUCACUUCCAGCAAGUCUGUGCUUUUGGCAACAAACAAAAGAGUGAUGCAGAUUUCCCGCAAUGACAUCCUGGGACAUCUCAAGGUUGAAUGGGUGCACAGCUUUGAUGAGAUGUCAGAGCCUCCCGUGCUCACUCCCAGUGGACUGCGUCUAACUGUCAAGCAGGAAAAGAAACGUGUUCUUGGUGUGUUUGGCAGCGGAAACAAUGCUAAAGUAGUGCCGAUAAGCUCUGAGCAACAAGCACACGUAAGUCAGCAACGUAUGCAAGUGCCUGCUGAUCAAAUGCAUGAAAAGGGUCCCAGUAGCACUUUGUUUGGCUCACCACAGCACGCUAGUAAACCUUCUAGACAAAACCCUACUCCUAAAAAAAGCCUCUUUGGCGUUGUUGGGUCAAUAGGACUUACUUUUGGCAAGAUUGGUAAAGACAUUACAGAAGGAGUGGCAAAAAGUGUCACUUCCAGACCAACAACCAGUAAUCAGAGUAGAGUGGGAAGUAACAUAGCAUCUGGUAACAUGAAUUAUAGCAGAAGUUCCAGACAGAGUUAUCGAGCAGCGAGCACACCAGUAGAACCCUCUAGCACCAGUACUGCAUGCUAUCCUAGCACCGUACAAAUGGAGCCUACCACAUUUUAUGUCCAGGUGCCACUUGAAGAUUCAACGAUGCAGUGGUUCCUGUCAUCACUGAGCAGCGCUUAUCUCAAGCAUGAGCAGUAGUCACCAACAGUGCUGAAGAAAGCUUUCAAGCCUACCAGGAUUACUAUGUUUUGUUUGAUACACUACUUGAAUUGAUUACAGUAAGUUAAUGCAAUGUAGACUUGAACUUAGCAUGCAGACACUCAUAUAUUUCCAGAUUGGGACCAUUGUUUUGUAUGUAUAUUUUGUACGAGGUAUCACCUUAUAUGUAUAGUAUUUGUUGAUUUUAUACCAAAGUUUUAUGUGAAAUAUACCUCACCUCAGCGGGAGAUGGGCACGGUCUUUCUUUGACGAGCUAUUGUUGAUGAUCUACUGUGAUGCACAUUGGGGAGAUGUACAAAUUUCUAGUUGAAGAAAGAGGAGAGAUGGAAACAAUAUUGGAUUACUAUUGAGAUCAGAGCUUUACUUCUUCUUUCAUGUGGUGUAAUUAUUUUGUUUGAUAUUUUCAUAAUGUACUGUAUGUCAUACAGUAAACUGAGGAGGUUCAGUGAUAAAUAUAAAAGAUUUUUUAUAGUAAAAGUACCUAGAUUUUCAUGCUAUUUUUUACUUAAAAGCUUUUAUGGAUAUAUGAUACAGAUAUAUGUACUUGUAAAUGUAUAUUGAUGUAUUGUUAGGAAGAAUUUUUUUUUAUCAGUAAAUCAUCAUAAUAGAAAAGAUCACAGAAGUGUUUCUAUAAAAUGUGAAUUCUAUGAUGUUAUGAGAGAAUUCUGAAAAGUCUGUCAUUAUAGGUUAUACCGUGUUAUCUUAAAACUUUGAUGGUUUUCAUACUUAACUAUUUAUCAGUUUAAUUAAUGGACAGUAUUUUCUUUAGAAUGUACAAAACUAUCAUAGAAAAAUUUUCCUUGCUUGCAAACUUAAUGCACACUAAAGUUUGAACUAUUUCAUUUAUCAGUAGCACAUCUGAUUUGGGUAUUCAUGAAUUUGGGGCGUUUGAGUAUGUACUUGAAAGCUGCGGUUCAUUUGUAAACUUGUAUUAUGCACAUCAUUGCCAGAAGCCUUCAUACCUGCCGUCCUUCAUAAGAUAUGAUGUAGUUAGAUGAAUAUUUGAAGACAUUUUUGGACAUUCUUGCUUUCCUAUUUCCAUGCAACCAGCAUACUAUGCUAUAACAGCUUGCCACAAACUGAUGUUCAUAUACAUUGUAUUGUAAGGCUUAUAUUUGAAGUACACUAAGCUUGGCUAGUUGCAUUAAGCAGUGGAAAGGAAAGUAGAAGACAUUUAUUCUCUUUCUAGUGUAUCUGAUGAUCUGCAUCAGUAGUGAUAACAGGAAUGCAGGACAUCAUUGUGUGAUGAUGAACUUGCAUCCUAAAACAACUGAGUGGUUGUCAGUUUGAAUUACCACCACGGGAAUUGCCUACAUGGUUCAUUUGGGAUGUUCAUAACUGUUGUCACUCUUGUUAUACAUACACCAAAAGCUUCUGGCUAUACAUAAUCUUGGAUGAUGAAGUAAAGGUCCUAUUUGUAAACCUGUCUGACAAAUGAAUGACAUAAAAGUAUGUGCAAAGAGUAUCCAAAACAGCUCAGGCUUCUUUGUUUACCAUUCAUAACAGACUUACAGUCAUAUUUUGUAUGAUUAGACAUUGUAAUUUUAGAUAUAUAACAAGUUAAGCCUACAUGGUGCAUGAGAAGGCAGUGGUAGUGAUGGGCAGCUGGCAAAAAUGUUAGCUGGGAAUUUGAGAUAUUUUGCUUCUUUUGCUGUUUUCAUAACUAAAGGAAAGUUUAUUGAAUAUAUAUUAGUUAACAGUGUAUUUGUAAGUAUGUAGUUUAUUUCCAAAUUAGUGUCUCAUAAGCUGAAGUGGUGCUUUUGUGGAGUAAACACAGUUACCAUUGAGCUGCAUGAAUCUUUUAGCAUUCAACUUUUGGAUAUUCAUAGUAAAUUUCUUUUUAGUUAGAAUAGCAUUGUGCUUGAUGAGUAAUUAUCACAGUGGCAUAUCAGUAUAAUUUGGAUUAUAGGAAAGUAAAUGUGCUUUACUUCAGGUCUUCCAUGUUUGGUUUUGCUUUUCUGAUUCCUUGCUUUUCUAUGAGUGUCUUCCAAGGGGAUGGCUAUAGGAGCAGAGCCAGCACCCCUUCCUAUCCACACACACUCUUCUUGCUUGUUUAAUCCCUCCUUUUCUAGUAACCUCUUAUUCACACCAUGAACUCUUUCAUCCUAUUCCUCCAUCUUUUAAGUGGCAUCCCAUUCUGUCAGAAUCCUUGAUGUCACUCAUGUUCACCUUUUUUGUCAUGCACUCCUCACUUUUCAUCUCUCAGUAUGGCCAAGUCACCUCAAUUCUGAACAGAUUUACUCUUUACACUGUCUGCUUGCAUCUUCCAUACAUGUAAAGUUGAUACUUAGUAUGAAUUGAUGUAAAAGUUUCUAAGUAAAUUGUAAAUAAAGAUUGUAUUAUUCAUGAGUGAUUGUGUUUUGUGAAUGUAAAUUUCUAAGAGCAAAAGUUAAUUUGGUGCAAGCAAUUCACCUCCCACAACAAGCCAAAUUUAUUUUUCCAUUAGACUUCCAUAAGCACCACAUUACUCCUGUUAAUGAGAGGGUAGACACGGUAAUGGGUCAUCACAAUAUGAUGCAACUACCUUACUGACUUUUUAUACAAACAAAACUGGUUCACUUGCCACCAAAGUCAGAGACUUAAGGCUCGUCUUCACUAAAUAAUGGUAGUAUAAAGUGCACGGUGGAGCUUAUACCACUGAUGACCACUAGGUAAUGCACCACAUACUACUCCACAAUUUCUUUCUAAAUGGCUCACCUUCUCUCUCCUCCAACUUCAUUCAAUUCACAUCUUUGUCUUACACCUGAGCUAGACACUCUCCUAACACUUCUUUUCCCUAUUGAGUCUUAACCCUUUCCCAUUCCCCUUCUUUUUCUUCACCAAUUGUGCCAUUUAAUCCUUGUAGUCUGGCAUAUACUUAUUCUUUAAUACAUUUCAACUAGCCAUUUCCAGAACAUUUUGAAUAUACUUAGAUAUGUAAAGUGAAAAGCCUUUCAUUCCCCCAGUAACCAUUACAGUCCCACUCUGCCCCACCCCAGUAAGUGCCUUGGAAGAUCAGUUGGUGCCAUUGAAGACUCAUGAUAUAGAGGCCAGUGAUAGGAAGGAAUCGUUAUAGGUUAUUUUAUUAAAGAUAAAGGAGAACUAAAUUUAAUCUCUAAUCUUAUUUCAUUAUGAUGGAAAGUUAUGUUUGGAAACAGAAAAGGAUGGUAUGUGUGUGGAAGACAACGCAUUGUGGUUGAGGGCACAUCCCUGUUCUUCAUCCUACCAACCAAAUGGACCAGAUAUUUUUGUGAUCCUCGGUUAACCACUUAAUUCAAAUAAUUGUAGCCACACAUUUGCUCAGUUAUCUGUAUGAUGACUUAAAUUAUGUCUAUACUUACUUAAAUAAGCAUGAAAACAUAUAUAUACUACUUAUAUAUACUUUGCUCAUAUUUAUCUAGAUAUAUUCGUGGUAUGAAAAAUACAAGUGUAUGAUAAAAUACUAUCAAAACAUGCUGAUAUUUUAUGUUUCUACAUUAAAUGCUAUUCAAUAUUCCUUGUCUUAAUGUUUCUUGCUUUGAAAAUACUACACUGUGAUCCAUACUUCACUUCAUAAGUUAUACUCAGCGAGGCAGAAUCAAUCCAUAGGUUACCAUGUAUUGCAUUAAUAAAGCACUGGUCGUCUUUCAAAGAAAAGCUGAUCAUAAGAAAAUCUGAACCAAAAAUAAUAUCAAAAUUUUCAGUGAAGAAUAAUAUUGUACAUAUUUUACUGGUGCAAAUUUUUACACUUGAAAAGGAAUCGGUUUUGAGCAGAAUGUUUAAUCUUAUUAUUUUAUUAUUUUUUUAUUUACCUUCUAAGGUACAAAAUUAAAAUUCACUUCAGAAUUUAUUCCAUUUUGUAUAAAUGAGGUAACUGUUUUUUUUAUGUAAUGGAUGUAAUGGAUUUGAUUGAGGCUGAGUGAUACUGAAGGAGAUUCUUGCAUGAGGCUAGUCAGCUUCUGUGGCAGGCUUCAUUACAUUCUGCAGUUUACAGUAAGUAGGCUGCUUGUGUGCUUAUUUAGUGCAUUGGGGUACAUCACAUCUAGCUGUGGAGUGGACCUAACAUGUCUAAGUGUGUCUUUUACUGAUGAAAGUCAUCAUAAUUGCUGUGGUACAGCACUAAUGCAUUAACUACCUUCUUAUGACAACACAAACCAUUUAGGAUUUUACCACGCAUGCCACAUUACAUUUCACCCUAUUUCAUAUCCUGUUCCUCACUGUCAUUAUUCUGUUUACCCAGUUUUUCCUAGGAACAAGUAUACUUAAUAGGUCUGGUCUUGUGCUGUAAUGCAGAGAGGUGUUCAAGCAAUGAUCUCCACAGUGUGUGAUGCUUGUGCAAAUCAUGAGGAUGCACAUGCCUUAUGUGAAACUUUGUAGGUAUGUGCAUCAAGCAGGUUAUACUUACUGAGCUUAUCUUUAUGCAGUUACCAAAGAUGGUUUAGCAACAAGGAAUAGGAUAGCCAGUGCUCUCUUUUUAUAAUGCAAGAUUUCUGAAGUGAAUGCUUGGUGUUUGUUAACUCUAUUAUAUUCCUAGAUUCUCAGCUUUAUGUAGAAUACUGGAAUUUUGUUUGUAUAUUAUGAAUUAUAUGAAUUUACCUUUUGAAGCACAUUUAUAUUUAUAUUCAUAAGAAACUGAUGAUAUAUUAACCAAAGUCAGUUAUAAAGUAAAUGAGUUCAAUGUGGUAUACUUGUUUCAAGUUUGAUUUCUUGAAUUAAUCCACUUGUACUGCACAGUCUUUUACUUUGUAUAUUUGAGGAAAACAGGAGAGUGUAUUCUGUACUUAAAUAUUUUCUUAUUCAGGUGUAGCCAUUAGCUUGUGAUUGUGAGCACCAAGGACUGUGGAUCUCAUAGUGAAGGUGUGAGGUGCAUCAGGCUGUGGCUUUUUGAGCGGCACAUUUAUCACUGCUCUACAGUUCAGUAUUGCAGCCUUGGAUGUAUCCUGUGAUGUCUGUACAUUCAUCAAACUGUUCAGAGGAAGCCCAAUCUAUCAAGUUUCACACCAAUGCUUUAGUCUUGCAUGAUCACUGAAGCCCCUUAAAUUUUUGGGUAGAUCUUCCCACAACUAUUACAAAAAUGGUCAUUUGGUAAUUCAUUUACAGAAAUUACUAAGAAUCCAAGACUGUAUUUUACAAACAAAAGUUAUGCUAUUGUGGACACAAAAAACUCAUUUAAUGGUACUUGAGUGAUAAUGAUGAUGAUGAUGAUGAAUGCUACAUUCUGCCUCCACCGUGUUAGUGAGUUACGAAACCAUUUCUUAUUGAAGAUCUUGAAUCACACUUUUAUAAUUGCAUUCCCGAGACAUCUAAGGAAUUCAUGCCUAAGACCCUCCAAGGUCUUGCACUGCCCCAAACCUGUUGUGUAUUGACUGCAGACUUGUUGCUCACUGUCUAUUGUUUGUAUUAUCCUGAGGGUAAAAUAUACUAGUAUGCAUUAUAGAUGAAACAAAGUAUAGCCAAGCAUUGGCUUUUUCUACCUGUAAUUUGUUUAUGCCAUAUUAAAGAGCACGAGCUA